UCUCCCUGGCGCUCUCCAAGGCAAUGAGGACGCACGGGGAUAACUGCGUGUAGGAAGCCAUGGGGGAAGGAGGCGCUUCCAGCCAAGAGCUGGACUUCGAAGGCGGGGAGCUAGAGCUGACUCAAGAGAAGCAAAUGAAAGAAAUGUUAGAACUCUCCAUAUUUGAAAUGAACAAUACAGUAGCAGAACUAGAGAAAACACUUAACAGAAUUGAUGAUGAAGACAAUGAAUGGAAAACCAGAUAUGAAACCCAAAUAGAAUUGAACAAACAGCUAGAAAGGCAGAUUGGAUUUCUCCAAGGAAAGGUGGAGCAUCUUGAUGGCAACCCAACAGACAAAUUGGCUUCUGUUCGUUCCUUUGAUCAAAUGCAUAUGGAUUCUUUACAUCAGUUUCUUAAAAAACUGGAAGAGGAGAAGAAGAGUCUCCAGAACCAACUGAAGGAGUAUGAACUUAGACUGGAACAAGAGGCAAAGGCUUACCAUAAAGCCAAUGAUGAACGCCGUGCGUACUUAGCAAUGAUUUCACAAAUAUCGGGAUCACUAAAACCAUUAGAGAGGCAGAAAAUAGAUGCAGUUGAAAUGAAGAGGGAAAACCAAGUUCUGAGGAGGUGUAAUAUUCCAAGAAAUCAAAGAAUAUUGGACCCAAAGAAGGGACCAAUUAAAAAAACAGCAGGAGUGAAGCAUCUUCCAAAACUGAAACUCUGAUUUCUUAUUCUAGAAUUUCUCCUUUUAUUAUUUAUUUCCCCACUUGCAAUCACAAUAAACACAAAAUGUUAUUCUAAGAUAGUAUUUUAAAGUAAGGUUCCUCAACCCAACCACAGGAGUUAUUGGGUAUGCUUUGCUAGCAGGAGUAUACA